UCUGCAGAAGGAGAGACUCCAACAGACGGAGCAUCGCCAGUCUGACAGAAAGAACGCAGAGGGUUCAUGGGUCAGAUCUCCUCUCUGCUGCUAUGAGUCCUCAUGCCUGGAUCUUUUGCGCCCUUCUCUGCGUCCUCACUUGUGAACGGAGCAAGAGUGCAUACAAAGGGCCCGUCCUGAGCCGAAAGCGGAGACUGGUAGAGGACGCAGCCGAUGGGGCCCCAAGAAAGUGCUCUUAUACAUUCUUGGUCCCAGAGCAGAAGAUCACGGGGCCGAUCUGUGCCAGCCAGGGCCCUUCUCUGCCAGAUAAAGAGCGCGUGACGCAGUUGGAUAUAGCUGACGUCCGGGAGCUCCUCACCAAGCAGAGACGUGAAAUGGACACACUCCGGAUGAUCGUGGACGUGGAUGGAAACAUGGUUAACGAAAUGAAACUUUUACGCAAAGAGUCACGCAACAUGAACUCCCGCGUCACCCAACUGUACAUGCAGCUGCUGCACGAAAUCAUUCGCAAGCGUGAUAAUUCACUGGAGCUGGCGCAGCUGGAGGGACGGAUCCUCAACAGCACAGCCGAGGCGCUGCGGCUGUCCACCCUCUACAGGGAGCUGGAGGUGCGCUUCUCCUCGCUGGCCGCGCUGGUCAAUAACCAGUCGCUGCUGAUCGCAGCUUUGGAGGAGCGAUGCCUGCAGGUCACCCACAGGAGGUUCCCCUCAGGGGAACAUCAGUCUGGAGGAGGUUUGUUGAUGCUCGUUGCUCAUCAGCGGUGUGCGUUCACUCACUUGUGUGUGCUGGUGUCUCGAGGUCCAUUUCGGGACUGUCUUCAGGCGAUGCAGGCUGGACACUCCACCAGCGGGACGUAUCUUCUGAAACCAGACGGGACGGAGACACCUGUACAGGCCUGGUGUGAGCACGAUGUGGACAGAGGCGGCUGGACGCUUAUCCAGAGGAGGAAAGAUGGAUCUGUCAACUUUUUCAGAAACUGGGACAGCUAUAAGAAAGGCUUUGGUGAUGUGGAUGGUGAACACUGGCUGGGUCUGGAAAACAUCUAUAACCUGGGCAAACAGGAAGACUACAAGCUGCUGGUGGAGCUGGAGGACUGGAUGGGGAAGAAGGUUUACGCAGCCUACAGCAGCUUCCACCUGGAGCCCGAGAGCCAGGCGUACCGUCUGCGUCUGGGAACCUACCAGGGCAACGCUGGGGAUUCACUGAGCAGCCACAACGGCAAGCAGUUCACCACGCUGGACCACGACAAUGACGCCUUCUCAGGUAACUGUGCUCAUUUCCACAAGGCUGGCUGGUGGUACAGCGCCUGCGGUCAGGCCAAUCUGAACGGCGUGUGGUACUCCGGAGGAGUCUAUCGCAGCCGCUUUCAGGACGGCAUAUUCUGGGCCGAUUAUGGAGGGGGUUUUUACUCCAUGAAGUCUGUGCGUAUGAUGAUCAGACCCAUCGACUGAAGCCGGACUGACAAAUGAAAGUGUAUCAUCACUCAAACUUCAUUUCAGUCAUCUCAGUGUCAUGCUUUGAGCACAUUUUAGCAAACCAUGUCCACAACAACAUGUUUGAUAGGGUUUUUUAUGAUUAGAAAUGAAUCAUAAAAACAUCUCUGAUGACUA